UUCGAUCUGCACGUGGAGUUGUUGUGAUCCCGGCCGGGGCCUCUAAGAUGGCCGCGUCCGCCACAGGGCGCGAAAGCCGGUGAUUUAGAACCGGAUCCCCAGAGUCCACGGGCUGGGACGCCGCUCUCGGCCACGGCCAUGGACCGGCCGCAGUUCCAGAUUUCUCUGGUGCCCGGCCUCGAACCUCUCCUUGUGGAAAACCACCCCUCCGCUGAUGGCCCUGUACCAGGCCACCCUAACCUUGCAGUUGAUUCCAAUUACUCUGGUGCAACUCCAGUGCCUAAACUCCUCCACAGCCCUUUUCUCCAGAUCAUUUGCAGCUGGAGCCAAUGAGACAGGAUUUUUCCUGUUCAGGUAAGUGGCUCCUUCCCCCAACCCUGCUUCACCUGGGCUCCAGCCAGAAACACUUCUCUCUGCCCUCUGCUGCUGAUGGCUGUCCAGCUCUCUCCUCCUGUCUGAACCAAGGAAAUGGGCAACUGGCUGAGUACCUGCCAGUACCUGAGGAUAUGUACCUGCAUGCUGAUAUCCACUCCUACCGCAGAAGAUUAUCUUAUAUCUAAGCCAGCACUUAGUAAAGUGUCUGGCACAUAUCAGAUAAGGGGCCUUUUUCUCCCCCCAUCAAACCUUGGAGCCAACUGUGCAUCUUGCCCUGAGGUCUGUUGCCAGGAGCUCAGGAGAAGGCCUGGUCAGUAAGAAGGGACCUCUUCCCUACUCAGAAAACUUUGUCUCGGUGGCCCCAACUGCAGAGAGCCUGGGAAAUGAUCCAGAGAUCAGGGCUGAGGUGGAACUUAUCCCAUGGUCUGAUGUGGUGGCUACCCAUUUGGGGAGAACAUUUGCUGGCUGGUGGAAUAGCAGGUGUCUCUGUUGAUUUAAUAUUAUUCCCACUGGAUACAAUAAAAACAAGGUUACAGAGUCCUCAAGGAUUUACCAAGGCUGGAGGUUUCUGUGGCAUCUAUUCUGGUGUUCCUUCUACUGCGAUUGGAUCCUUUCCUAAUGCUGCAGCUUUUUUUAUCACCUACGAAUAUGUGAAAUAUUUCUUGCGCCCCUAUUCACCUUCCUACUUGACUCCAGUAACUCAUAUGAUGGCUUCCUCUGCUGCAGAACUAGUUGCUUGCUUAAUUAGAGUUCCUUCUGAAGUUGUCAAGCAAAGAGCACAGGUAUCUCCAUCUGUUCCAACAUUUCAAGUUUUUUCCAGCAUCUUACGUGAGGAGGGUGUACACGGACUGUACCGGGGUUAUAAAAGCACAGUGUUGAGAGAGAUUCCAUUUUCCUUGGUGCAGUUUCCUGUUUGGGAGUAUUUAAAGGCUCUCUGGGCAAGGAAGCAGGAUCAUGCGGUUAAUUCUUGGCAGUCAGCAGUCUGUGGAGCUUUUGCAGGUGGAUUUGCAGCUGCUGUUACCACACCUCUGGAUGUAGCAAAAACAAGAAUUAUGUUGGCAAAGACCGGAUCAAAAAUUGCAACUGGGAAAGUGUUACCUGCCCUGUAUGAGAUCUGGAGGAAGCAAGGAGUUCCUGGGUCAUGAAUUUUUUUUUUUCCUUGGAGGAUUUCCCUUCUCAUUCUGAAGAUUCUGGACUUUAUUUGCAUAACUGUCACCUGAAAUCAGUUUUUUACUUUUCACCUAUGUAAAUGACAUCAUUCUUCUUCCUCAACACAGAGCUCUUCAGAUUGACACUGGAACCCAAAACCCCAAAUUAUUGCUUGGACAUUGCUUUGUAUUCUGCUUGAUAACUGAGAUAUAGUAACAAUAAUAAUAAUUUAAAAAGUAAUAGUUGUGGUAUUUAAGUACUUGCUAUGGGCCCAGAAGUGUGCUAAACAUGAGUGUAGAGACAAGAUCAUCAGGUCAGAGUCAGAGCUCACAGUCGAAGUAGGAGGAAGAACAGAGCUUAAAUCCCCAUGUACAAGCUUAAAUCUCCAUUUUACAGAUGAGGAAAUUGAGGCUCAGGGAAGUUAAAUAACUUGCCCUAGGUCACACAGCAGGCAAGUGGGAGGUGGGAGAGCCAGGAUUAGAACCCAGGUCCUCUGACUCCCUGGCCCGGGUCCUUUCCUUUAGGCCACGGUUUUUCUCAUGCAUUGGGGAAAGCAUUUGUCAACCUCUUGUGUCAUUUGCAAAUAUCAGAAAGGAGUAAUUGCAGCAAAAAACACUUGCCGGGCAGAGAAAGCCAGAACUUUUGAAGCUUAAAUCUAGUUUAGCAGAAUUUUAAAAUGUAUAGUACAGUUUGGUAUUUAUCCCCAACUUAUAUGUCUUGAAACUCCCCAAAUCCAUACCUUAAGUAUAAUAAACACUGUUACUAUGUUUUACACUAAAA